AAAGCACAGCGGCGGCGGCAUCUGCCCCCCGCCCCCCCCACCCCAAGCCGCCCGGGCUGGGGCCGGGGCUCCCCGCCGUCCCCAUGAGCCGGCUCUAGGCUGCGUGCUGCCACAAUCGCGCUUUAUCUGAGGGGAUUCGUUCUUUUUGUUUUAUUUCUGUUAUUAUUUUUCCCUUGAUUUUAUUUUUUUUAACAGUCUAUUUUUCUACACUUUGCUAUAAGAAAAAAAAAAAAUGGUGCUGGGGAAGGUGAAGAGUUUGACAAUAAGCUUCGACUGUCUGAAUGACAGCAAUGUCCCCGUCUACUCCAGCGGGGACACAGUCUCAGGAAGGGUCAAUUUAGAAGUAACUGGGGAAAUUAGAGUGAAAUCUCUUAAAAUCCACGCGAGGGGACACGCGAAAGUGCGCUGGACUGAAUCGAGAAAUGCUGGAUCCAACACUGCCUAUACACAGAACUACACUGAAGAAGUGGAGUAUUUCAACCAUAAGGACAUCCUGGUCGGCCACGAGAGAGAUGAUGACAAUUCAGAAGAAGGCCUUCACACCAUCCAUUCUGGAAGGCACGAAUAUGCAUUCAGCUUUGAGCUUCCACAGACACCACUUGCUACCUCAUUCGAAGGCAGACAUGGCAGUGUGCGCUAUUGGGUGAAAGCCGAAUUGCAUAGGCCUUGGUUUCUACCAGUAAAAUUAAAGAAGGAAUUUACAGUCUUUGAACAUAUAGAUAUCAACACUCCUUCAUUACUGUCACCCCAAGCAGGCACAAAAGAAAAGACUCUCUGUUGUUGGUUUUGUACCUCAGGCCCAAUAUCCUUAAGUGCCAAAAUUGAAAGGAAGGGCUACACCCCAGGUGAAUCAAUUCAGAUAUUUGCUGAGAUUGAGAACUGCUCUUCCCGUGUGGUGGUGCCAAAGGCAGCCAUUUACCAAACACAGGCAUUUUAUGCCAAAGGGAAAAUGAAGGAAGUCAAACAGCUUGUUGCCAACCUGCGUGGGGAUUCCUUGUCAUCUGGCAAAACAGAAACCUGGAAUGGCAAACAGUUGAAAAUUCCACCUGUGUCUCCUUCAAUCCUCGACUGUAGUAUAAUCCGUGUGGAGUAUUCACUGAUGGUAUACGUUGAUAUUCCAGGCGCCAUGGAUUUGUUCCUUAAUUUACCACUGGUCAUUGGUACCAUUCCUCUACAUCCCUUUGGUAGCAGAACAUCAAGUGUGAGCAGCCAGUGUAGCAUGAACAUGAAUUGGCUUGGUCUGACCCUACCUGAAAGACCAGAAGCACCUCCCAGCUAUGCAGAAGUGGUUACGGAGGAGCAGAGACAGUCCAGCCUUGCACCCAUAGGUGUUUGUGAUGAUUUAGAGAGAGGGCUUCCAGGACCAUUGUUUGCAUACAUCCAGGAGUUCCGUUUUCUGCCUCCACCCCUCUAUUCAGAGAUUGAUCCGAACCCAGAUCAGCCCACAGAUGACAGACCAUCCUGCCCCUCUCGUUGAAGGAAUCCAUCAAAAGCUGACUCGACUUGGGUUUUAGAAUCACACCUGCUGUGUUGAAGGUCAAGGCAUCACAGUGGAGACACACUUUCAGAGGAAGUGGUUUUGCUGUUGCCUGUAAGGUGAAUCAAAACAACCUGUGAUCAUGCUUCGAAGCCUACAGUAACAGCGUAGGACUGCUCCACAUGCUUGAAGACCUGAGCUGUUUUGUUUAUUAUUUUUUCCCUUACCCCUUAAAUAUUGGCACAUACUAGGAGCAGCCUUACUAACAACCUGCAGUCAUGUGUGUCAAAACACUCAAACCACAUUGUAAGAGGGAUGGCUUCCUCUUGAGAUUCAGAAAUUUGCACAUGCUCAUUGCUCACGUUGUGCGGUUCAGUGUCACUACAGCUUUUUUUCCCCUCAUUUAUGCCAGACUGUUAAUUCCCUCUUGGUUGUGGUCCGCACAAUAAGAAGCAACAGAAAGCUUUGGCAAAAAAAAACCCAACAAAACCAACCAACAGCAACAGACUUACACAAAUGCACUGACUUUUUUCUUUUUUUUUUUUUUUUUCAUUUUGUUUAAUUUAAUGUAGCCUGGACUUUACCUGCAUAUGCACAUGCUCAGAAUUGUUCUAGUAGGCUGAUCAUGUAUCACCUCUUCAGCUUGGAUCCUAUGGUGGAUUUGUUGACAAACAUCAAAUGCCUUCAAGCCAAUCCUUCUUGCUGUAUGUUUUGCAGCCUACUGUAGUAGAUAAGCAACAGAUGUGGGGCUAGGGCGGGGGGGAUGGAGAGUUACUAGAAAGAACCUAAUAGACUUCAUCAAGAUUGUAAACCUUCUUGAUUUCCUUUAAGAAUUUGUUGCCUUUCUACUAUCCUCGCAAAGCAGCAUUUUGUUACAGACUGCCUAAAACAAAAAAAAAUCACUUAAUCUCAGGUGAACUCAUCACUUGCCAAACUGUUGGAAUGCUAUUUGUUUUGUUACGUUGCACUGUUGAGUUACUUCUCUUUGUGUUUGUGGUUUUUUUAGGUUUUGUUUUCUUUCCUUUGUUCUUCACUCGAGAGGGGGAUCUUCACAUGAGAGGGGGAUCUGGAAGAGGGACAUGCACAAAAGUUAUAAAACCCACCCUCAUUCCCACUUGUAUUUCUAUAUUGUAAAGAUGUUCAUGUUGUGAAGCUUUAAAAGAAAAAAAAAAAAAA